AUGGCCGCUUCUUUAUACGACCAGGUGCCCGAUAUGGAAAGGUCGGGCCCACUAAAGCUGACGAUACAAAAGAGAGAAGAAAGCUUACAUCCCAGCGGAAUAAACCCAACAGGAAACCUUCAGGUUGAGCAAUCUGAAAUGACGACAUACCACGAGACUGACAACGUCGAAAAUGGGAAGGCUCCCAUUAGGGAAGUGACAGAGCGCAAGCAUGAACAAAGAGAGAAUAGACAGGAAGAAGAACAUGGGGAACGCAAUGAGUGUCAAGAGGAUGGAAAGCAAAGUCAUGAAACGGAACAAAGCCAAAGGGAAGGAACUCACCAAAAUGGGAAAAGUGGCCAAAGCGAGGGAAUUCAAUCCAGCCAUAAUGGGCACGAGUUGGCGCUAGACCCAGGCGUAAAUGGCUCUACUGACAAAUCUACCCUGAAUAACAGAACGAACGAGGCAUUACUUGUGACCGGAGAAGAUCUGCAACUUAUACAUGGACCGAAGGAGACGGAUUUGCAGCUUGAAAUGACUCAUUCGAGUAAUGCCGGGCUCAGUCAACGUUGGAAUACCCCCGAAAAUGGAACGCAGAAGGAGAGCCAGACCAAUCUUGAGGAUUCAUCAAAGGGCGAGGGCAUACAAAUGGAGGCUUCUACCUUAAUACUGGCGAAGCCGGCAGAAGGUCGAAUGGAAAACGAAAUCCCACCCCAAACGGAAUCAGCUGUCGCUGGCCAUGAACUGAGGAGUGAACCAAGGACAGAUCCAAAUACAGCACAGAACGUAGAACAAAACGCAGAGGGAGGCACUGAGCGGAGCACGGAAGUUUCAGACUCACAGACUCCCGGUACGAAAAUUCCGGGCGCGGCAGAGGAAAACACAAACUCCGACCAAGGCGAUGGUCUUUUUCAGAAAAAGGACUACCGCCUGCGCACGCAGCUGUUUCAAUCUGUUCUCCUGUCUGCGUCGCUCAAGUCGCUCAAGCUGCAGCAUCUUGCCACGCCUGCUCCCCGGUCCGCUUCUGCGAGCAAAAACUUCCAACUGUUUAUCCAGGCACCCGUGCUACUGGCAAUUCGCCGAACUGACGAAGUUCCAAUAGGCCAGCAGAUGCCUUUUGAGCGUGAGGCAGAGCCUGAGCCUCCGGUAAGUACUAGCCCUGAUGAUUAUGGAGAGCAAACAACGAGAGAACAACAGCGACUUACUCUUAACGCCCUCCGAAAGCUCCUGCUUUCGUUGGCACCAAUUGCAGGACUGGAAGGUGACAGGACACGGCCAUUGACUACUGCUAGACGGCCAUAUGCGCCUGCACAGGUGGAUCUUUCAACUUUUGCAAGCUUGACUAGACAGAGUCGACACCAGGAGAGAGAGACUGGACAUAAUGAGCAGGAAAAAGUAGAUAAGGAGCAAGAGAGACCGAAGGACAAUGAAAGACAGGAAGGUGAAAGACAGGGAGAUGAAAAACGGGAGAGCCAAACGCAGGUGAGUGGAAGGCAGGAAAACGGCACGCAACACGCUCAAGACAGCGAUAUUGGGGCGGGAAAAAACAAAGAUACGAGUCUGGAUCUUGGCCUUGUUAGUCCGACGAGCGUGAUGAACGUGCACGGAAACCUCAGUAUGAGUGGAAAUACACACCCCAUGGUGCAAACGCCUGCGCUGGCGCUCACACUUUCUCCAACGACUGUCAAUGAAACAACGAAUACCUUGGCAGGAACCAACACCGGAACGAUAAUAACGGCGAAUGAAGCUGCCAUGAAAAAGGACGAAUACUUCACCCAUAAUAAUGCUUCUUUUACUGGAUCAGCCAACGACGCUAUUACGGUCACAGGUGCUUCCGGAAACGGAGAUACAGCCCCUCCCACUGUCGCCGAUACUGCGGACCGGUCGUCUUCCUCAUUCCCACAUCCUGCUAAAGACGAACCUAACCACCUUCAACAAAUCAAACAUUUCCGGAGUCCGAUGUACGUUCCUGCUGUGCUCCGCCGUACACAGGGACCAGAGGCGCCUGGAUCACCUGAAAGCAGCGCAUCGGCAGAUCUGCGUGUUUCGGACGCUCUGGCGCUCACCCACGACUAUAUUGCUCGUGCACCACCAACACGGCGCCACUGGCUCAAGGAUGAUGCGGUAACCGAAUGUGGCAUGCCUAACUGUCGCCGCCACUUCACGUUUUUUGACCGUCGUCAUCAUUGCCGGAAAUGCGGUGGUAUUUUCUGCAAAGACCACACACUGCACUUUUUGUACAUCAACCACCUUGCACAAUUCACCACAGGUGGCCGCGGAACGCUCUCACGCGUAUGUGACCGCUGUAUUGACGAGUACAACGACUUCAUUCGCCAGGAAUUCGGCCCACCUGCCCGGACGGCCCAUUCUACUGAAGCGAGGGAGACAAGCUUGCUUCGAGACGUGCUCGCAGGACGCCCAGUGCGGGACACUCGCCAGGACCUGGUAGUAGGAAGUGUGCCUGCCAACUGGAGUUGGUCGUCCUUCUAA